AUGUACACAGAUAGCUUUUCCGCCACUGCACUCUUCGACGUCCUCCACACUACUGUCGAUGAGUUUUCCAAAUACCCUACAGUUACACACCACGAAAUCCACCUCAUCGUAUACAAGUCGCCAUCUACGAACAGCGGUUUAGAGUUUGUUAUCACUAUGCAGUGUGAAACUUUCACUCUGGGCCUGAAAGCUCUUCUAGGACGAAUGCAGGGCCAGUUGGGCAGUAGUAUCGCAUGGGCUAGAGAGGCCACAAAGAAGUCUCGUGAUGAGAUCAUCCACUCCGAUUCUGAUGGAUGCGCGAUCAGCAUCGGAACCCUACUCAGAGAGAAGCGAAACGACAGGAUCAGACGUGCUUUGGGUGAUCUGUGGGUAAACGUUCGUAAGUAG